AUGUCUGUGAACUACCGGCUGAGCUUGCAGAUGAACUGCCAUACCCUCACUUGCCAUGACCUUAGCGACUCUUCCGGAAGACAAAAAAAAAGCGACUUGAUUGCAGACAGAUCUUCACCGCCCCAGCAGUCACUUACUUUCACCAAUCUUCCAUCAACAAUGCAUUCACAGAAACAGAACCAUCAGUAG